UGGAUGCGCGCGUCGACGUCCACCAUCUUUAUUAUCACAUGACCUCGUUAUCGUGUCCCGUGACCAGCUCACGUGAAUUUUGACAAAAUUCAAACAUUUUUUGAUCGGGGACAAUGGAUAUGUUGGAGCAGCAUCUAAAUCAACAGGAUGUCAGUUCUGUUUCUCACAAAGAUGACGAUGGGACGGGAAUUGUCAUUGAGGAAGCAGAAAUAGUCGAUUGUGAUGGAGAGGCUGUCACUGACGAUGGAAUGCGUUACCAGGAAAGUCUCACUUAUCGGGUGGUGCAAGUUAAUGGAGCUCCACCUGGAAGUGAAAUGGAAAUUCCUGUAAAUCAAACCGGGGCUAAUACGGUCCAAGUUUUAACAUCGCCCCUUAAUGGACAAUUUUAUGUAAUUGGAAAUGCGAAUGACGUUUUUACGACAGCUCAAACUUCGAGAUCUCUCGCACCCAGGACUGCGACUUUACAAUUAGAAACACCACGAACCUCUUCCACGGGACUAAAAAAGAGAGAUGAUAGACGAAGAGCAACACACAACGAAGUCGAGCGUAGAAGACGAGACAAAAUUAACAACUGGAUUGCGAAAUUAGGAAAAAUUAUUCCCGAGUGCAAUUCUCAUUCUAAUAGUAAUGGAAACGGAAGCAGUGGAGAAGGAAAAACCAAUUAUGAAACUCAGAGCAAGGGUGGAAUUUUAGCAAAAGCUUGCGAGUACAUAGGAGAAUUAAGAACUGCUAAUCAAAGUCUAGGUCAGUGUUUAAGGGACAACGAAAGAUUGAGACAAGAAGUUGUGGAUUUAAAGCAACUUGUAAUGGAGUUAAAACGAGAAAACCUUCAGCUUAGAUCACAAUUGUCGUCCAAUCCAGCUAAUUCGGAAAUCUCUCACAUAAGUCCUUGAACAUAAAUUUGUUUUGCCUCUUUUUUUCUUUGUAAAUAUUCAAAUAGCGGCAAUUUUUCAAUCAUUUUAGCAUAGCAAAUUAGAUUAUUAUUAUUAUUAUUAUUAUUAUUAUUAUUUUAUCGUUACGAAAGCCAAGGGUUACUUUCGGAGAACUGCAUUCGCAAAGAGUUUAAUUCGAAACGAUUUUAAAUGAGCACAUUUAAUCUAUGUUGAAUCGAAAGCAAACAAAUGAGAUAAGGCUGUGAAUAUCGAAUGCCGAUUUGCGUUACUCUAUGAGCAGUCCAAAUCCAAUUUCAGAUAUCGUUUAUCAUGAGGCUUUAUUUGCCAUUAGAAUGAACAUUUCAUGGUAAAAAAAAUCUAGCAGGCCAUCGGCUUUUCAAAUCGAUUGCAUAUUUUUAUUUUUUUUUUUCGCACUGCUAAAUGCAGUGAAAAUAUUUUUAGAUAAACAAAUUAUUAGGACUGAGCAAAAGUUUAGAAAAAGUAGAUGAUGAAAAUACUUACAGAAAACGAAAAAAAAAUAUGUAAAAAAAUUAUAAUGGAGAGAGAGGUAUUUAGAGGGAAAUGUCGAGAUAUUUAAACAAAAUUAUCAAAAACCUGUGUGCCAUUGGAAUAUCAUCACAAAGCCUAAGGUUUUAAAUUCGUAUCGAGAUAAAAUUAUUCAGAUUAAACUUGUUGAUACAUCAUUCAAGUCUGUAAUUACAUGUACAUACAUACCAUAUGUAAUUCUCACAUGUAUACAUGUGUAUAUUUCGGUGAAGUAACAGAUUUUUAUUUUUUCAACUUUUUUUUGCAUUUUUAGGCUUCUGUUGAAUAUUUAGGAAAAAUUAUUGUAAAAAAGAAUUUAAUUUCAAAACCCUGAUGUACGUUUUAAUUUUCUAAAACUAUUUUUGGGGCUCAGAGUAUAUAUAUAAUUGCACUGUUUGUUUUUGUAAGACUUUUCUGUUAUUUCUUCCUUUCUUUCGCGAGAGAGAGAAUUUAGUAGGAAUAUCUCUUCUCGUAAACAGAAUAAAAAAAAAUAGUAAAUUUAUUUUUGAAAAGUAGACUAAGUUUUAUAAUACUGCAUAUAUUAAAUUAUCUACGGAAAAUGUAAAUUUGUUUCGGAGAAGGAUUAAAAAGAGUCUUUUUUUCUGACUCGAUAAAUUAACGUGGGUUUUUAUUUUACAUGAAUUCACGUUAAUAUCGUCUUUUCGAAAUACACAUAAAUAUACAUAAUGUAUAUGUAUUAUAUAUAAAUAAAAUAUUUUCCUUGUAUCAAUGGGACAUCAAAAAUGCAAGGCAAUUAAAAUGAUGGAUCGAAAGAUGUAUUAUAUCGUUAAUGUAUAUAUUGCGGGGUUAUUGUUAUAUUAUUAUUAAAAUGAAAUUUAAAAA